GACAGUUCUCCUUUCUGUGGGGACACUGAUGUGACGCCCUUGAUGAGAAAAACCCGCCUCAGACUGCCAACACCCUGUGGUCUGUCUGUCCGGAGGGCACCCAGGUCUCCUCCAUCCCCACAGCCUGGACCGCAGGGAGGAGACGCCAUGGCCCCCACCCUCCCCGCCCUGCUCUGCCUCGGGCUGAGUGUUGGCCUGAGGACCCAGGUGCAGGCCGGAACCCUCCGCAAACCCACCAUCUGGGCUGAGCCGGGCUCUGUGGUCACCCGGGGGAGCCCCGUGACCAUCUGGUGUCAAGGGCCCCCGAAUGCCGACAGCUUCAGUCUGAACAAAGAGGGCACCUCAGCCCCCUGGAACGCACAGCCCCCAGCGGAGCCCUGGGACAGGGCCAACUUCUUCAUCAAGCGCGUCACAGAGCAGCAGGCAGGGAGGUACCACUGCUCCCACUUCAUCGGAGUUAACUGGUCAGAGCCCAGCGAGCCCCUGGAGCUGCUGGUGGCAGGACGGCUCAGAGACAGCCCCUCCCUCUCGGUGCAGCCCGGCCCCUCGGUGACCUCAGGGGAGAAUGUGACCCUGCUGUGUCAGUCAGAAAACAGGACGGACACUUUCCUUCUGUCCAAGGAGGGGGCAGCCCAGCGCCCCCUGCGUCUGCGCUCCCAGGACCAAGACGGGCGGUACCAGGCCGAGUUCUCCUUGAGCCCUGUGACCUCAGCCCACGGGGGCACCUACAGGUGCUACCGCUCACUCAGCACAGACCCCUACCUGCUGUCCCAGCCCAGUGAGCCCUUGGCCCUCCUGGUCUCAGACUACACGGUGCAGAAUCUCAUCCGGAUGGGCCUCGCAGCCUCGGUCCUGCUGCUCCUCGGGAUCCUGCUCUGCCAGGCUCGGCAUGACCACGGAGGAGCCCGAGACAAGGCCCGGAGCUGAGCACCGGGACCCCGCACCGCCCACAGCGUGGAGCCCAGGACGAGAGCUUCCGGCCCGGAAGCUUCUGGAAGAGCCUUUGACCUGGGGGGAGAUGUACGCUGGGCGGGAGGAGGCCCGGGAAUCCCUGGUGGGGGGAGUAGGGGGGGCGCUGGAGGCUCGGCUCACGGGGGCCCCCUCCCUCCCCCCCAGGGAGGAUGCGCCGACUCCUGUCUCCGCUCACACACCACCACCCCCCCCCCACCCCUCCGGCUCAAGGCGCAUCCCAGUGCCAGGGGCGGGUCCUCGCCCUGCACGCCUGCAGGCUCUGUCCACUCAAGGGAGACUGAGCUUCAUUGUUAAUGCCAGCCACCUCUGGUGUGCACAAAGACCUCCAUCCCUUCGCUCAGAAACAGACUGAGGUAGACUCCUCCCAGGCUCCAGAGGUUAAAACUCCGCCUGCCAGCGCAGGAGCUCGGGUCUCAGCCCCCGUUCCAGAUGAUCCCAGCUAACCCUGUGUGCCCCCAACCUCUGAGCCCGCGUGCCGGCGGACUCCGCAGGAGGGGAAGCCCUGGGCUGCCACUGGAGAGUAACCGCCACUCUUCACAACCAGAGAAAAGCCCAGAGCAGCAGCAGUGAAGACCCAGCACAGCCAAAAACAAAUACUCAAAUAAACACUUGUUUAUAGAAAACAGAUUGUCACGUAAGAAACUGAAUAAAUGGGUGAAAGUGGGCCCCAUUGGGAAAACAUGGAUCCAGAACUCUUCCCUGAGCCCCCCAGACCCCUCACGCCCUGCUCUCCUCAUCAGAUGACACCCGGUGCCGUUUCUGCAGAUGCCAUCGCUGCGAGGGGACACCCUGACGUUUGAAGUGACAGCCAGGUGCCGUGCUGGUAAACGGCUAAGGAAUACAACAU